UUUAAACUGUCAAUAACCGUUUUAAACUGUCAAAACAAGUAUUGUUUAAAUUUUAUUUUAUUUUAAAUGUUUGGAAUGGAAAAAAAGAGUGACAAAUGUGAGGCGGUUUCCAAUGUAUGUGCAAACAAUGUAUUACAAACGAAGAAAAAAAGAAGAAGCUCUUUAUUUGGAAAUUAUAACAUUAAUAACAAACAAAAUUCAAAUUACCGAAACUGGUUAUUAAAUGAGAUUGAGGAAUAUGUGAAGCAACAGAAACAAUUGCAAGAAACCGUUUCUAAUAAUAAACUGCAAGCUACAGAAAAAUGCGAUAUUGCAAGUAUUUUAAAGAAAAAAGAUUUGACUUUGACUGAUGUGGACAACUAUACGGAUACUGCAACGAGUUUUAUAAACAAGCACGUUAUUUUUAUGGAAAGACAGAAAUAUAUGACACAGAAGAUUAAAGAAUUAGGUGCUAAGUUUAUUAAAUAAAAUGAAAUGUACAAAUUCUGACCAAAGUGGUAGUUUCUUCAUUUUUUAAAAGGGAAUUUACCAAACACGACCACAAACAUUUAACUAAA